AUGAAGGUUAGCCAGAUAUAUGUCUACCCUAUAAAAUCUCUGCGUGGAGUCCCUCUUUCAUCAGCGCAGGUAACCCGGACCGGCUUCGAAUAUGACCGCCGCUUCAUGCUCCUCAAAGUCAUCCCGUCGGAAUCCGAAGAUGCGAAGGGCGAAAAAACGCUAAAGAAUAUGCACAUCCCGCAUUUCCCGGAGAUGUCGCUAUUCCAGACGGAGUUGCUCGAGCCAGGGAGCGGUGACAAUGCGAGAAUAAGGGUUACGUAUCAUCCUUCGGACUCUGAAUCGGCAGGGCAGGUGAAUGGAACUGGCUAUGGAAAAGAGGAAGAGGCGCUGCAUAUCCCCCUCAAUCCCGACACGAGGGGUCUCGAGCAACUGGCGGUCGUGAUGCACCGCUCUCCAACGAAAGGGUAUAAUAUGGGUCCCAAGUAUAAUGAGUGGUUUAGCGAGCGUUUCGGCUACGAUGUCGUGCUUGCAUAUUUAGGCGAUGGCAACGGGAGGGCUGUGCUGGGGACCUUUGCCCCGGGGAAGCACGUCGCGCACAAGGAUCAGAGGCAGGGUAUGAAUUUAGGUUACGUUGCGGCGCUGCUUGCCGUUAUUGGGGUCCUCUACAUUGCACUUACGGUUUUGACGCCGUCUCCCCCUGGAUUUGCUUUUGUAGCUGCUGGUUUUCUUGGGCGGCGGGAUAGAGUCGGCGUGAUGGUCGCUGUGGCCGCACUUUUGCCAGCCUUUUUGGUCUUGAAAAGACAGUCUACGAAAGACGAACGCAUCACGUUCGCAGAUACAGCGCCAUACAUGGUUGUUUCCGAGACAUCGGUGGCGAACGUCACUGACCGAUUGGAAGGCGAAGAGAUGGACAUGAGGAAGUUCCGUGCAAACAUUGUGGUGUCCGGAGCAAAAACGGCAUUUGAAGAGGAUUUUUGGGCGGAACUGGUGAUCGGCGAUGCUCAAGUGCGCCUGCUGCUGACGGCGAACUGUGUACGGUGUCGUAGUCUGGAUGUGGACUAUGAGACGGGCAAGAUGGGGACCGGCGAGUCCGGGAAAGUGCUGAAGAAACUUAUGGCGGAUCGCAGAGUGGAUACUGGCGCCAAGUACAGCCCUGUCUUUGGGCGGUACGCGUUCCUGGAGGGGCAGUCAGACUUGAAGAUGGUCCGUGUAGGUGAUGAGGUUAUAGUGGCAAGAAACAUGAAAGAGCGGGCUAUUUAUGGUAAGCAACCCAAACUCAUCAGCAGAAUCUGGCUGCAGGACCUGGGGUCUAAUGGUUGA